AUGUGCCACACACAUCUUGAUCCCAACUGGCACACUUUCCUCGCCUCACUCCCAAAAUGUGAACACCACGUCCAUCUCGAGGGCUGUCUUACCCCCUCUCUGAUCUUCUCCCUCGCCACCAAAAACAACAUCCCGCUCCCCGAACCCUCCGAGAACCCCGCCUACGCCUCGAUAGACACCCUAUCCCACCGCUACGGCCACUUCACAUCUCUAGAUGACUUCCUCAGCUUCUACUUCAUAGGAAUGACCGUGCUCCUAACAGAAUCCGACUUCACAGAACUCGCCUGGUCCUACUUUCAAAAGGCGCACGCCGACGGCGUCCGCCACGCAGAGGUCUUCUUCGACCCGCAGGUCCACCAGGACCGCGGCGUGCCCUAUGCUACGAUCGUGGAUGGGUAUGUGGCAGGGUGUAAGCGGGCAGAGAGGGAGUUGGGGAUCAGCACAAGGCUGAUUAUGUGCUUCUUGAAGCAUUUGUCCGUUGAGUCCGCGGAGAAGCUGUAUGCUACUGCUCUUGACGCUGGGCAUUUAACGCCGCAGGUGGGGAGUCAGGAUGGUGGGAGUGUUAUCCAUGGGUUGGGGGCUUCUUCUACGGAGGUUGGGCCCCCGAAGGAUAUGUUUAGAGACAUUUAUGCCUCUGCCUCGGCGAAGGGGAUCAACCUUACCUCGCACGCGGGUGAAGAGGGUGACGCCUCGUAUAUCGCUGCGGCGUUGGAGAUCGGCGCAACGAGGAUCGAUCACGGUGUGAGGCUUGCUGAAGACCCGAAACUUAUGAAGCAGGUUGCGGAACGGGGCAUCUUGCUCACUGUGUGUCCUGUGUCGAAUGUGCAGCUGAAGGGCGUGGAGAGGAUCGACCAGAUGCCGAUCCGGAAGUUCCUGGACGCUGGGGUGAAAUUCAGCAUCAACAGUGAUGAUCCGGCGUACUUUGGGGCGUAUAUCCUCGAGUGCUAUUGUGCUGUGCAGGAGGCUUUUAACCUCAGUGUUGAGGAAUGGAAGCUGAUUGCGGUGAAUAGUGUACAGGGAAGCUGGAUCGGUGAGGAAAGGAAGAGAGAACUGCUAGGUGAGAUUGAAGGAUGUGUUGAGAAGUAUAAGGGGCUUUUAUAG